AUGGAGAUUUCAGCUAUCGUUAUUGGUCUGGUUCUGUUUCUGAGUUUGUGUGAAUUGAACUCAGCUCUGGAAGUAAGUGCUGGGCUUACAGAAGAAAAGACUGGUGCUGGGGUCAGCACUGGGGCCUCAUCUAUGAAAUGUAAACUCCAGGGUACCACCCGCCUACCUGUAUUCUCAAUGGAUGGUGACUACACUAUUGGGGGUGUUUUCUCCAUACACACCUACAAACACACUGUGAUGCAUAACUACAUCACAUUGCCUGAGCCGCAAAAGUGCACAGGGAGAAUUGACUCCCGUCAACUGCGUUUCUCACACGCAAUGGUCUUUGCCAUUGAGGAGAUUAACAACAGCACAGAGCUGCUGCCAGGCAUCAAACUCGGUUAUCAGAUUCAUGACUCAUGUGGAUCAGUGCCCCUGUCGGUACAUGUGACAUUUCAGCUUUCAAACAGCCUGGACCCUGUGAUUUACACUGGUGACAACUGCUCGCACUCCCGUAAGGUGAUGGCUAUCGUUGGUGAGUCUUCAUCCACCCGAUCCAUCAGUAUGUCGCGCAUCAUCGGGUCCUUUAACAUUCCUCAAGUGAGUCACUUUGCCACUUGUGCAUGCCUGUCUGAUAAACAGCAGUUUCCAAGUUUCUUCAGAACAAUCCCUAGUGACCAGUUCCAGGCUGAUGCGCUGGCCAAGCUGAUAAAACAUUUUGGCUGGACUUGGAUAGGUGCUGUCCGGUCAGAUUCGGACUAUGGCAAUAAUGGCAUGGCCAAGUUCCUGGAUGCAGCACAGAAGGAGGGGAUCUGUGUGGAAUACUCUGAAUCUUUACAUCGGACUCACCCAAGUAGCAGGAUCCAGAGAGUAGCUGAAGUUAUCCGCAGGUCAACAGCUGUGGUUAUUGUGGCAUUUGCAGCCUCAACAGAAAUGAGGCUUCUGCUGGAGGAGCUGUCGCUACAGCCUUUUCCACGUCGCCAGUGGAUAGGCAGUGAGUCCUGGGUAACUGACCCAAAAUUGCUGAGCUUCAGUUUCUGUGUGGGAGCCAUUGGAUUUGGCAUUGAGCAAGCUGUCAUCCCAGGCCUGAGAGAAUUCUUGCUGGAUCUUUCUCCCUCUAAAGUGGCUGCCUCUCCAUUGCUUACUGAGUUCUGGGAGGAUGCGUUCAGCUGCAGGCUGGGAGAAAGUGAGAAAGUUGAUCAGAUUUUUAAACAAGGUGCAGUCAUCGAUGAGAGACUGUGUAAUGGAACUGAAGACAUUCAGACACUCAACAACCCAUAUACCGACACAUCACAGCUCCGAAUUACUAACAUGGUUUACAAGGCUGUAUAUGCAAUAGCACAUGCCAUUCAUAAUGCAGUGUGUCAGGACACAAAUUCUACAGCUCAGUGUGACAAAUUUACCAGGAUAGAGUCCAAACAGGUUCUAACUAAGCUGAAGAAAGUGAAUUUUUCCAGAAAUGGUUAUGAUGUGUCUUUUGAUGCCAACGGGGAUCCUGUGGCCAGAUAUGAGCUGGUUAACUGGCAAAAAAGUGAGAGUGGUAGCAUUGAGAUGGUGACAGUAGGGCACUAUGAUGCAUCACUGCCAGAGGGUCGGGAGUUCCGCAUCAACAGAAACCUCACUUGGUUGGAGGGUAGCACACAGGUGCCUGUGUCAGUGUGCAGUGACAGCUGUCCUCCAGGAACUCGUAAAGUGCUGCAGAAAGGAAAACCCAUCUGCUGUUACGAUUGUAUUCCAUGUCCUGAAGGAGAGAUUAGCAAUACUACAGAUUCCCUGGAUUGUUUUCCUUGUCCCAAGGAGUUCUGGCCUAAUGCAGAGAGAGACACUUGUUUCCUCAAGUCUGUAGAGUUUCUUUCCUUUGAUGAGGUCCUAGGAAUCAUCCUGGCUGCGAUCUCAGUUGGUGGUGCCUGUCUUGCCGUCAUAACAGCGGCUGUGUUCUUUCGUUACAGGACAUCCCCGAUUGUUAGGGCCAACAACUCUGAGCUGAGCUUCCUGCUUCUCUUCUCCCUGACUCUGUGUUUCUUAUGUUCAUUGACUUUCAUUGGAGCACCCUCUGAUUGGUCCUGCAUGCUGCGCCACACAGCAUUUGGGAUCACCUUCGUCCUCUGUAUCUCCUGUGUUCUUGGAAAAACAAUAGUGGUGUUAAUGGCCUUCAGAGCUACACUCCCAGGUAGUAAUGUCAUGAAAUGGUUUGGACCUCUACAGCAAAGGAUGACUGUAGUAUUUUUCACAUUCAUUCAACUUUUAAUAUGUGCUAUUUGGUUGGGUCUUAGUCCCCCUUUUCCAAUGAAAAACAUGAGUAUAUAUAAGGAGACAAUCAUCUUGGAGUGUGCAUUAGGAUCAGCUUUUGGGUUCUGGGUUGUGCUUGGGUACAUAGGCCUACUGGCUGUCUUUUGCUUUGUGUUAGCUGUCCUAGCUCGGAAACUACCUGAUAAUUUUAAUGAAGCCAAGCUGAUCACCUUCAGCAUGUUGAUAUUCUGUGCAGUGUGGAUCACCUUUAUCCCAGCAUAUGUCAGCUCUCCUGGUAAAUUUACUGUGGCAGUGGAGAUAUUUGCGAUUCUGGCCUCCAGUUUUGGACUGAUCCUGUGUAUAUUUGCUCCAAAGUGUUACAUUAUAUUGUUUAAGCCAGAGAAGAACACCAAGAAACAUUUAAUGAACAAAAAUUAAUCCUUAAACGUCUGAGGUUUGGAAAUUGUUUAAGUGGAACACAGAGUAUCGAGCUUCAG